AUGUGCAACUACAUCUAUUCAUGGCAUGUCAAUCAUGAGUCUAUACAUGGUCAUCAUGAGAACGAACUCAAGCAUGGAAAGGCACACAAUACUAAUACUCUUCCCUCUUAUAGAAGGAGCUUAGCUGCCAACACCACUACCACUUGGUGGAAUCAUGGUGUCCCAAGUACAUCGAGACUGAACGUCGGUGUCCGCCCACUAUUUACUGGGGUGACGACAUUUGUGCUGCUUGCCGAGAACGCCAACAGCCAAGUCAACACCCUUGGGCCAAGCUCAUCCAACGUCCCGAGUCACGCAUGUCCUACUCUCCUCAGCUCCGCGCAUAAUGAGAACGACACGACGAACGACUCGGCAGGUCGAGAUGUGUUUUGUUGCUACUCUACUCACCUGUGGUCAUGGUCCGACAUGCAUACGUAUACGAAAACAAAAACCGACGCCUUGGAUGAGUUUGUGAGACAUAUUUAA